AGAGAGGGGGGGGGAGGGAGAGAGAGAGAUUUAUAUUUGAUGUUGGGAAUGGUGAGGCAAAGGAGAAGAAAACAAAACCAAAGUUUGUGUUUUUGUUGGAAUGGUUAUCUCUUUUGUAUGGACUUGAGCUGAGAUUAGAGAGAAAUGAAGUAAGCUGUGAGACACACAACCAGACAACCUCAAUACUUACAAAUCACAAAUCAUUACAGUAAAACAAACGACUUCUUCGAAACAUUCCAACCAAAUGGCUUCUUCUUGUUCUUCUUCUUGUUCUUCCUGUUCUUGUUUUGUUGUUUUCCUUCUGGUUUUUACUUCUUUGGCUUCUGUUUUCUCAACUUCCAUAGCCCAUCAAAUGCCACUAAAAAACCAAACUUUAUUCCACCCCACCAAAGAGCUGAAGAAGCUUAAGAACAUCAGAGCUUAUUUGCGCAAAAUCAACAAGCCUCCAAUCAAGACAAUUCAGAGCUCAGAUGGUGAUGUCAUAGACUGUGUUCUUUCUCAUCUCCAGCCUGCCUUUGACCAUCCUGAGCUCAAAGGACACUCCCCAUUGGAACCGCCUGAGAGGCCGAGAAGCAACAAAUCCAUGGAGGAAGUGGCGGAUAACCACCAGUUAUGGUCAGCUUCCGGCGAGUUUUGCCCGGAAGGGACAAUUCCGAUCAGAAGAACAACAGAAAAAGACAUUUUCAGAGCAAAUUCUAUUCGAAGAUUUGGAAGAAAACCCAUUAGACAUGUGAGAAGAGAUUCUUCUGGCAAUGGCCAUGAGCAUGCAGUGGUGUUCGUUAAUGGAGAACAAUAUUAUGGAGCAAAGGCAAGCUUGAACAUAUGGGCACCUCGUGUAACAGAUCAAUACGAAUUCAGCUUAUCACAGAUAUGGAUCAUUUCAGGCUCAUUUGGCAAUGAUUUGAACACCAUAGAAGCUGGAUGGCAGGUUAGUCCUGAACUCUAUGGCGACAACAAUCCUAGAUUCUUCACAUACUGGACAACUGAUGCUUAUCAAGCCACUGGAUGCUACAAUCUGCUUUGUUCAGGAUUUGUUCAAACCAAUAACAGGAUAGCCAUUGGAGCAGCAAUUUCGCCUGUUUCCUCUUACAGAGGGAAACAGUUUGAUAUUGGUUUAAUGGUUUGGAAGGAUCCAAAGCACGGACACUGGUGGCUCGAGUACGGGUCAGGCAUGCUCGUCGGGUACUGGCCAGCGUUUCUAUUCAGCCAUUUAAGGAGCCAUGCAAGCAUGGUACAAUUUGGAGGUGAAGUAGUGAACAGAAGAGCUUCAGGGUUCCACACAGCCACACAAAUGGGGAGUGGCCAUUUUGCUGAAGAAGGCUUUGGCAAAGCUUCUUAUUUCAGGAACUUACAAGUGGUUGAUUGGGACAACAACUUGCUUCCUCUCACAAAUCUUCAUGUCUUGGCUGACCAUUCUGAUUGCUAUGAUAUCAGACAAGGCAGCAAUAACGUUUGGGGCACUUACUUUUACUAUGGAGGUCCUGGCAGGACCGUUAGAUGCCCUUAAAAGUAUCAUAAUUCUUCUUAUUAUGAAUAAAUAUCCUCGAAAAGAACGUUAUAGGAUAGAACGUAGUGUCUUGGGCAGCGAUUUGGGUCGAGAGUGGUUGGAAAGGGAUAAUGAGUUAUUGUGGUACAUACACGGUGAGCAGUGUGGAUCAGACCUACCUAUCCUGAUAGGAACUCGUAAAGGAACGAAAGCUGUUGAGAAGUUCCAUAUUGUCAAGUCGAAGAGUGCGAAUGGUACUGUUUACAACCAUCAAACUGAAGGUAACGUCACGACAUGAUAAAGACCAUACUGUUUACAUGGUCUCGAGCAAGUAGCGGGUUUUGUUACUCGUGAGAAUUUGUUUAUAUUUUUUUUCAGUUUGGUUCGGUUUUUUUUAAUCUUUGUGUUUUGUCCUAGGCCUUUGAGGUAGGUAUGGUUUGGGUUUGGGUUUGUUUUUUUUUUUCUUUUUUUUUUUUUUUAAUUUUCUAAUAUUAAUUAUAGAGAAUGAAAUUUUUGUAAUUAUGGGAAAAUACAAAGAAUUAGACAGGUUGUGCUCUCUUA